AAAAAAGGCAACAAAUCAAGAGCGUCUCAAAUUUCCACUUUCUUUAAUCCUUUAAAGAUCCUUACCCUCUCCCCUUUAAUUUCAAUCCCACCUUUUUUCAUUUCUUCAUUUCCCCUCUCUGCAAAUUUCUUCUUCUCACUUCCGCCAUGGCUAUGGCUCUCAGACCCAUCGACAAUGCUCUCCCGGUUACCCCAGAAAGACCGAAGAAACAAGCCAAAGUAGCGGUUCCAAUCCAGAAGCGAAACGAUGAGAAUCAGGCUCCGCUUCCUCUUUCUGCAGACGCCACCAUCGAUUAUGUUUCUUCUGAGAAUCUUAAGCCCUUGACGGACCCUGAUUCUAAUAAUUUCAUUGAAGGGUUAGAUUCGAAGGAUUGGGUGAAGGUCUGUGAGUCGCUCAAUAAUGCCAGGCGUCUCGCGAUUUUUCAUUCAGACCUUUUGCUCCCCUCAUUAGAGAAAGUUAUGGUGGUGCUGAUGAAGUCAAUGAAAAACCCUAGAAGUGCCCUAAUCAAAACCUCAAUCAUGGCUUCGGCUGACAUUUUUAACGCGUUUGGUGAUCGAUUACUCGACACAUCCACUAGCAAUGCAUUUGAUCAAUUGCUGCUCCAAUUACUACUCAAAGCUUCUCAAGACAAGAAGUUUGUAUGUGAAGAAGCAGAUAAGGCACUCAAAGCUCUAGUGCAAUCCAUGACUCCUCUGCCUCUGCUUCAGAAACUUCGUCCAUAUGUUUCCCAUUCCAACCUUAGAGUCAGAGCCAAAGCCGCCAUUCCAAUCUCUAAUUGUGUCUCUAAAAUGGGUCUGGAUGAAAUGAACCAAUAUGGGAUUGUUCCAUUGCUUCAAAUGGCUUCAGAUUUGUUAAACGAUAGGCUACCUGAGGCAAGGGAAGCUGCUAGGAAUAUUGUGAUGGGAAUGUUCAAAGCACUCACAGAGAACGAGGAAGAUAAACAGGAGGCAUGGCAAAGCUUUUGCCAAACUAAUCUGUCACCAGUUCAUGCUCAAUCCCUCCUCAAAGUUGUUACCUCCUUUCAAUAGCAGUGAUGAGGUUGGAUAUUAAUGUGUAGAGGUAGGGGGUAGGAGGUAGAGCUAAUAGGAUUUUAAGGUCUUUUAAGUUUUGGAAAUUUGUGUGUGUUCUGUGAAAGCUUCUACUGUUUUAUAUGUUGAGUUACGACUACUAUUGCUACUGCUUCCAUAGAAAUUAGUUCUGUAGACAGCUUUUCUUGUUCUCUUCUUUCCGUUCACCUUUGUUGGUGUGGAAGAGAGAUCGAUGACAAUAAAACAAGUUGUUGUUGCACA